GUGCGCGCCUUGGCCUUAGCGACAGCUGGCUGACGAUCAUGGCCGGUGGCGGCGUACGCAGUAUCCUGGCGUAUUUCACCGAGGACGACGGUUAUAAAUGUGGCUACUGCAAGGACCCCUCCAGCAGUUUUUCUAAUGGCAUGUGGGCUCACACCAUGUCAGUCCAGGACUAUCAAGAUCUAAUUGACCGAGGGUGGAGGAGGAGUGGUAUGUAUGUUUAUAAACCCACAAUGAAUCGAACAUGUUGUCCUCAGUAUACAAUAAGAUGUCAUGCUUUGGACUUCAAACUUUCCAAAUCCUCAAAGAAAGUAUUGAAGACAAUGACACGGUUUCUUUCUAAGGGAGAGGUAGCAAAAGGAACUGAUGUUGAACCCAUGGAUUCUCACAGUGAAGAUACUGGAAUUGAUCAUCCAGCUGUUCCCUAUCACUCAGAAGUCAGUAUAGAUAUCGAGAAACCUUUGAAGAUUGUGAGCCUUGAGGAAUUACCUCAGUCUGCUGAAAUACAGGAAGAACCCCAACCAGAUGUUGCUAAUGACAAAAGAGAAGCAGGACAAAAACGUGCAUCUUCAGAGACCAGUGUUUCCACUGAUUCAUUUAAAUGUACUCCUAAGCCAGGCAGGGGAGCAGAUCCAAAUAAACCACCUUGUCGCAAAGCAAAAGAUAUUCGGAGAGAGAUGAAACUGAAAAAACUGCUUCAGAAACAGCAGCAAAAAGAAAUGGUAGAUGUAUCCCAGCACCAAGAGCCCUCCUCUUCCAACCCUUGCACUCACCCUCUGGAGCACCAUGCCACCCAAGUAAAUAAACCAAAAUCAUUGGAAGAAUUCAUUUCUGAGUCUUUAACUCCAGAUGCAGUCCAUAAGCUCGAGGUGAGACUAGUGAGGUCAUCUCCACCAAACUCCCAGUUCAAAGCAACUUUUCAGGAAUCUUACCAGAUCUAUAAACGGUACCAGAUGGCCAUUCACAAGGACCCCCCUGAUAAAGCAACUGAACACCAGGUGAAACUAGUGCCAGUUUCCUUCGAUGACCCAGAUUUCAUUGAAUCCUUUAACCAAUCAGCAGCUUUGUAUGCCAAGUAUCAGAUGGCUGUACACCACGAUUCACCUGAUGAAUGUAGUGAAUCGCAGUAUACAAGAUUCCUUUGCGACUCGCCGCUUCAGGCAGAGAAUCCAAUCGAUGGACCUGCUUCAGGUUACGGUUCAUUUCACCAGCAGUACUGGUUAGAUGGAAAGAUUAUUGCCGUCGGAGUAAUCGACAUUCUUCCUCACUGCACUUCUUCAGUGUACCUUUAUUAUGAUCCUGAUUAUGCAUUCUUGUCGUUGGGAGUUUAUUCUGCACUCAGGGAAAUUGCUUUUACAACCCAGCUACAAAAGACAGUUCCUAGUAUCCGUUAUUACUACAUGGGCUUCUACAUCCAUUCAUGUCCUAAGAUGAAGUACAAGUCUGUAUCCAGCUGUGGCAUCAAAUCACGUGAUACAAGAAGGUGCCUAGAAAAUCAUGACAGUAAGUGAAGGUCAAGAAUAGACCUAAGAGCAUCUGGAAGAUGGAAGAAUUCAAAAAAAGACAUUUUUUUUAGGAAAUUAUCUUGACAACUUUUAAGAACAACUAGCAGUUGAAAAGCCACAGCUGAUCAGCUGCUGUGAAGGAAAGAAACCUGAAUCGAAAACUCAACCAGAGAAACCACCAGAAAAAAUCUCAAAAAGCCUUUUACAAUCAGAAAUCAAUGACUUAAUACACAUAACAAAAAUAUUAUUGUAAAGCUACAUUUACUAAUGCCUGUAAAAGGUGUGAAGUUCAAGCCAGAGAAUAAUUGGAGUUGGGAGUGCAGAUGGAAUGGAAAAAAGUCGAACAUUUAUGGAUCCAUCAUGAAUUCCGUUGUCAUUUUAUAAUGACAACAGCUGUUAUAAACUUGUCACAUAAUUAUGCUGUCCAGUCAAUGAUAAUUCUACAUUGACUUCCCUGGAGAAUGGAGUGGGGGAAGAGAAGUGUGUAAAUAUAGUUUUCGUAAACAGUUCUCAUUAUAAAUGUGGACUUGGGAAUUUUUAUUGAAAAAGUUUGUGCAAACAAAAGAUUAAGAUGGAUAUGUGAUAAAAUACUUCAUUCCUAUUUUCCUCUAUUCCUCCAUACUGGAGGAACAACUAGAUUAUUUGCAUGUACAAUGUGGAAAAUGAGAUUAUAUUGUGAUUUUAUUUCCUCUGCUUAUAAGUAACUAUAUUUAAAUAAUGAGCCUCUAAUGUUAUUGAUGAGAGACUGCCCUGAUUUGAACACCUUAAAAGGGUUCAGCUGAGUGUUGCAAUAGCAAUAUCUUGUUUUUGUUUUAAUAUUAUUAUUAACUGUUUCAUUAGCCCUUUGUUCGUUUGGAGCAAUACUUUUGCUGAAUUCUUAAAAAAAAAUUAUUAAUUGGAGAAAGCAUUUCAAAUUGUCUGCAAUGUUCAAGGAUUCAAAACCAUCAUGUGUGAAACACUGAGUGUCAGUAGUUCUGUGUGUCGCAAAAUGAUGCCAACUAUUGAUCUAAUCAUAUGGGAAAUGAAUUCUCAAACUUUUAAGCAUCAGUUGCUGAAAGCCUGACUAUCUGUAACCACAGUUCAAUUUCAUCAUCCACAACUAGGCAGAGUCUCUGCAUAUUUAAGGCUGAGAUUCUUGAUCAGUUGGCAAAUGAAGGAUUGAAGGGAAAGGUCAAGAAAGUGGACUUGAGGAAUGUCAGAUCAGCCAAGAUCCUAUUGAAUGGUGGAGCGGGCUUCAGGGACCGAAUGGCCUACUCCUGUUCCUAGUUCUUAUGGUCUAACUGGAUUAUUCCCCUUCCAUCCUGAAUGCUACUACUCUGUCUAUUCUUUACUCAGAUUUUGUGGUAAAAAGAGUGGCUACUUGUGUUUCUGCAGUACCUUUAACAUGGUAGAAUGUCUCAAGACGUUUUACGGGAGUGUUAUUCAAACCGUAAAGCUAUUAAGUGAUGGCAUUAUGAACAUUCAGCCCAACAUGUCUAUUCUAGAAAUAUUACACCAAGCAAUAGAGAUUUAAAUAAUUUAACUAUCAUCAGUGGAUGAUCUUGAGAUUUUAUGGAGGGCUUCAUUAAUGGCAAAGUAAUUUCAGUGGAGACCUUGAUGCCGAUCCAGUAAUCCACAAGAAUUUCAUAGAUUUCAAAAGUCUCGUACACGCAUGAUUAGAUAUUCCUGAGGGAGGGUAUUGAGAGAGAUGAUGAUAGCUAAUUUGCUAGCAGUGUCGACAGGAUCAACACUGAGUGAACAGGGCAGAGGUUAGCAAGAUGAGCUCCCAGAGGUUGUGCUGGUCAGGAGGAAAAUACAAGGGGGAAUUAAAGUUUCAGUUCCUAAGGAGGCAGUUUUGAGAGCCUUGAUGUCCCCUUUGGAGGAUCAUAUCAGGUGCACAUCGGGAAACUGCUAUGUAUGUCAAGUCUGAGUUGGGAAUAGUAAGGUUAAGGAAUACUUUAUGAUUGGGAUAGAACCAUUAUUCUUUGUCAUCCUUGCUAAUCUGCCAAAAUGGGCCUCAUCUCUACUUCCUUAGAUCCAGUGGAUGCAGACUUGAAACUGUGGUCUACAUCUCUUCACCUGUUAUUAAGACAUUUCUUAAACUGUACAUCUUCGGACUUAAUAUCUCCUUAUGUGGCUCAGUGUCAUUAUUUUACAAUGCUUCGCUAAUGUGUUUUAUUUUUAAGUUGCUGUAUUAAUUAUUAAUAUAGGGAUUUGGGAGGCGGGGAAAUGAAAGGAAUCAAAAUGACAAGCGAGAAAAGCUCAGAAGGAGUAAAGAGAAAAAUUUGAAAAAGGGGGAGAAAAAAUGAAUUAGAAUGUGAAAGGACCCAGGGAAACCACCAGUUUCACAGUGUCAGUUGUGCUGCAAUUAGUGGGAUACGUAUUUUGCUUGUCUGUAAGAAAUGAAUGGGAGCCCAUAAAGUUGGGGUUUAAAUCUUCAGGUAGUAUUGUUGAACUGCUGCCCAAGUUCAGAGACAGGCAUGAUAAAUAAAUGAAGUGCAGAAGCUGCAUAAAAGCAUAUCUUAGAUGCGUUCAUAAUAGAUUUCCAUAGGAUUGAAGAUCCAGAAUUGGGCAGAAUAGUUUACUAGUCAGAAAGUGAAUGGAAAUGUUGACAAUUGUCGAAAGAUCCAGAAGCAGCAGAAAAAAGAAUGUAGACUAAGGAUAGUGAAUCUUGGGCCAGGAACCAGAUUCUAACAGAAGCUGAAGUCCAAUUGGCUAAUCAGAGGCUUAGCAGGAAAUCGUGGUGGAGAAAAGAGCUGUAAGUCAUUCAAAGUCACUUUAAAAUUUAAGAAGCAGAUCAGAGAUGCAUUGCAAGUGAGCCUUAUGCUAUAGCCCAAACUAGGUGUGUAGUCUUGAUUUCCAGAUAAAUCCAGAAAUUUCAAAACCACGUUUGAAAAUAGAUCUGCAAAGAAAGCACAGAGCAGCUAGGAUCUGGAAGUGAGCAGUGAUGGAUUAUGCUAGCAGUUAACUUGUGACUCAGGCUAAAAUGUUCAUUAGAACUGGAUGAAAUUUAACAGUUCGAAGUGAGGAGGCUGGGCAGGAAAUACAAUGGAGGACAAUGGAAAGCCAAAGAUAUAGAUGUGUAGUCAGGAACUCCCCAGGGAUUAACUGCUGAGCAGUCUUUUUGGAACUAUCCUGUCAAUGCUCAUGAUUACUAAAGAUUAAAUUGAACACAAAUGCAGAAGCCACAGAACAGGAAAAUGAGAAAACAUGCUAUUUGGGUUAUCUUGCUCCUUCAGGCUUUCAAGGUAAAAAGCCUGCAGCAGAUCUAUGGAUGAGUAAGUCAUGAAUGUCUUCCACUUAUUAUUUAGACCUUUCAAUUUAUUCCUCCUUACUGUCCUCCCAGACAGCAUCUUUGUCUUCACCUUCAAGUAUUUUCUCUGUCUGUUUAAAUAUCCCUGGAAUUCUGCAGUCUGGUCGUCACUGAUAUGUCUGUUCCAUCCUACUCCACCUUUUUGAAAAAGAUGUCUGUUAGCUAUCUUGUUUACUUUAAAAAAAGGUUUUCUCGCAAAUGAUGCUAUCAAGUGGAUAGCAUUUGAAACAUAUGCACAAAUGUUUAAAAGUUUAAAUUGUCACAAAUAUGUAUUAAAAUAAUACAAGUAACCAUAAUUGGAAGAAUAAUUAUUCUUAUUGUGGAAAUUAAGAGAAGCUAUUUAGAAGUAAAAUAGAUGUUCUCCUGUGGUACUGGGCAGACGUAAAGGAGAAGAGGAUAGUUGAUUAGGUAACAGAGAUAGGCUUGAGGAGCAAGAAGGACUUUUUAAAAAUUGUAGGCAAAAAUGGUGUCUUGUGAGCAUCUAUAUUAUCCAUAUACAAUGAAAUUAGUAUGGCCCAAUCAGCAAUACAAGUCCAUUUUAGUAUUGGACAAAUUACACAUUAUAACAGGCUCGAGUAGGCGCUUUAAUUUUAGGAAUAAUAUAUUGAAAUCAUUUCAUUUAUCUGUGAGCAGCAUCAUAGGAUCAAUUUUAUACCAGGAAUUGAUUCAUCAGAGGUAUUUUUGCAUGCCAAAGAAAUUUACCUUAGAGACUGUACAAAUCUGAAUAAAUCAUCAUAAACAAGUACCAACCCUGAACUAAUAACAACUUAAACUUAGUGAACACUGUUCUAAAUGUACUGUUAGGAAUUCAAAUUGGAUUGACUUCAUUCUCAUGAUUUGAUCAUGGUUAACUUUAAAAGAAAAUAUUUUCAUUCUCAGAAGUGAGCCCAGAUUGGAUUUAGCGAUCUAUACUGUUUACCCUCUUGUCAUUGUGUCCAGUUCCUGACUCCCAACAGUGUUAGUCAAAAUAGACAGGUUUGGGUUACUUGCCAUAGGAGGCAAAGCAUUCAACCAGAAUAUAAUUGAGUCAAUCUAUAUUAGUGUAAUGAAAUCAGUGAGGGGGGCCUCAAAGUCCUUGAGUACAUUUAUUAAAAAGAAUCUGCUGGUGUCCUUUUUCACAGAAAAGACAGAAUUUUAAUAAAUUGAGGCACUGCCUUGCUUCCAGCUGAAUUUAGCUGGAGUUCAAUGAAAUUCUUCUGCUUUAUAUUGUGAUGUGUUCAA